AUGUUGCUUUCCAAGCAGAAGAAGAAUCAAGUCGGGAAGGGUAACCGUUUUCUCAUCAGCAUUACGGUGCUUGGGAGCGCUGGCCCGAUCCGGUUUGUGGUGAACGAGGAGGAGCUUGUUGCUGCUGUAAUUGAUACAGCCUUGAAAUCGUAUGCCCGCGAGGGGAGGCUGCCUGUUCUGGGGUCGGAUCUCAAUAAUUUCGUGCUCUAUUGUCCUCUUGCCGGGAUUGACGGUCUCAGUCCCUGGGAGACAAUUGGAUCGCCUGGUGUUCGGAAUUUCAUGCUGUGCAAGAAACCACAAACUGAGAAGGUUAUAGAUAAUGAGAAGUCAGUGACAAUGGCUCGGAAGGGAACAGGAAGUUGGAAGGCUUGGUUCAAUAAAUCUCGCAAUCUUAAGGUUUCUUCUCAUUGA